CCUGCCUGCCCUUUGCUCCACUACAAGACUUCCUGGGUUAAAACGUCUCUCGACCACUGAGAUGAACUCGCCUGUCUGGACACAAAUCCCUGUGAAGGCACCAGGCUCUGUGACAGGCGACAGCGCCCGACGAGCCGGAACCCAACCCGGCCUCAAGAGGCCUCGAGCCACGCGCCUUCGCUCGCCCGCCCUCCCGCCGGUGCCCGCGCAGCCCGGGAGGCGUCCUUUGACCCCUGGCCCCGCCCCCAGCACAGCUGCGUUCUCCUCCCGUCGGGCGAGCGCGGCGUCAGCAGACUGCCGGCCCCGCCCCGAGCCUAGUCACCAGUUCCGCGCUCAGGUCUCCGCGCGUCGGCGGGUGGCGGAAACCGAGAUGUCGACUAUCCUGCAGCGCAUCGAGCGGCUGUCCAGCAGGGUGGUGCGCGUUCUGGGCUGUAACCCGGGACCCAUGACCCUGCAGGGCACCAACACCUACUUGGUAGGGACCGGCAGCAGGAGAAUCCUCAUUGACACUGGAGAACCAGCAAUUCCAGAAUAUAUCAACUGUUUAAAGCAGGCUCUGACUGAAUUUAAUACAACAAUCCAGGAAAUCGUAGUGACUCACUGGCACCGUGAUCAUACUGGGGGCAUAGGAGAUAUUUGUAAAAGCAUCAGUAAUGACACUGCCUAUUGCAUUAAAAAACUCCCACGGAACCCUCCAAGAGAAGAAAUUAUAGGAGAUGGAAAGCAACAAUAUGUUUAUCUGCAAGAUGGAGACAUGAUUAAAACUGAGGGUGCCACUCUCAGAGUUAUACACACACCUGGCCACACUGAUGAUCAUAUGGCUCUACUUUUAGAAGAGGAAAAUGCUCUCUUUUCUGGAGAUUGCAUCCUAGGAGAAGGGACAACUAUAUUUGAGGACCUUUAUGAUUAUAUGAACUCCCUAAAAGAACUGUUGAAAGUCAAAGCUGAUAUUAUAUAUCCAGGACACGGCCCAGUAAUCCAUAAUGCCGAAGAUAAAAUUCUGGAAUACAUUUCUCACAGAAAUAUGCGAGAACAGCAAAUUCUUGCAUUACUUCAUGAUAAUUUUGAAAAAUCAUUUACAACAAUGGACCUGGUAAAAAACAUUUACAAGACUGUUCCUGAGCAUUUAUAUAAGAUGGCUGAACAUAAUGUCUUGCUUCAUUUAAUAAAAUUAGAAAAAGAAGGAAAAAUCUUUAGCAACAUGGAUCCUGACAAGAAAUGGAAAGCUAAUCUUUAGUUGCAGAUUGAUGCAAGCUUGUGUUGGUUUGUUUUUAGAGAAUGGUGUGAUUUUCUUAACUAUUAAUUAUUUAUAUGAAAGACAGAGUAUAGAACAUUGAAAACAACCCUAGAUAUACUUUAAAAUAUUGUCAUAUUUUCUUCUAAAAUAAAUAUUACAUUCUACAUUUUACAUGUUACUUAUCUAACCUGAGUCGUAUAACAUUUUAUCAAAAAUUCAGAAUCCAACAAUGUAUCCAUGUUCAACAAAUUCAAUAAAAUGGCUACUUUAAAAAUAAUAGAA